AUGAGGGGCGCAAUCGUCUUUGGCGGCUCUUCGCACCCCAAGCUGGUCGAGGGCAUGUGCGACCGACUGGGCAUGAAGCCUGGCUCAGCGACCCUGGGCAAGUUCAAGAAUGGAGAGACGUCAGUCACCAUCCAUACAUCAAUCCGCAACAAAGAUGUCUUCAUCGUCCAGAGCGGAACCGUCAUGCCAUACUUUCCCUACUCGCGCCAAUCCAAGAAGAAGCAGCACCGAGGGGCCAUCACAGCUCGUAUGGUCGCGAACCUCCUUCACAUUGCCGGUGUUAGCCAUGUCAUGACCAUCGACCUCCAUGCCUCGCAGAUGCAGGGCUUUUUCAAGUGCCCCGUCGACAAUCUCGUCGCCGAGCCCCUCCUCGCUCGCUGGAUACGCGUAAAUGUGCCCAACUGGCGAGAAGCCGUGGUUGUGAGCAAGAACCCGGGCGGUACCAAGCGCGUUACAUCAUUGGCAGACGCAUUGAAGCUCAGCUUCGGCAUCGUGACCACCGACAGGCGGAGGGCGGGCACAGCAGUGCACUGGAACGAAAGCGCAAUGUUCGAGCAGCUGAGGCUGGAUGGCGCGUAUGACAAGCAAGACAUUGUCGAGUCUGCGCUAGAUGCUGACGCGGACACAACUCCCAUCAGCAAGAUGACCAUUGAUCCAAAGGCAGAGCCAGGCAAAUCGAACCUCAAGCGCUUACCGUCGAAUCCUUUGCAGCGACGGGCUAAUGGCUGGUCGGAACCAACAGGAAGCCAUCCGCUGUCAAAAUCGAUGCGAGCCGGCUCUAUCAUCGAGCCAGAAGUACCGCUUGAGCCAAUUCGUACCGACGCCGACAAGCACGAAGAAGAGCAGGCAGAGCAGAGUGCGGAUGAGAGUGCCGAGGAAUACACCGACGAGCGUGCUCGCAACGUCAUCCACGGACGUCUAGUACAAGGUCAUAUUGUCGACGACACACACCCUUCCCCAGCCAUGUCUGCAACCUCGCACAGCACAUGGCGCAACCGCGCACCGUCGGAUGGUGAAAACGACGAUAUUCCCCCACAAAUGAUGUCGUCCUUCAUGUCCAACGCCUCGUCAUCCCGCAAUAGAGAGACGGAACAUUCGCACGCGUUGGGUGGCACCUACGAUGCUGCUGCUUCUUCCGAAGACGAAGAGGAAGACCUCAAGAAUCCCGAACUCGAGACCAUGGUCACACUAGUGGGCAACGUCAAAGACCGCCCUGUCUUCAUCGUCGACGACAUGAUGGACAAGUCCGCGUCGUGGAUCGCAGCUGCCGAGACUGUCGCUAAGCGCGGUGGUGCCACCAAGGUGUACUGCUUUGCUACGCACGGCAUCUUUGGAGGUGACUGUCUUGAGGAGAUGAGCAAUUGUGAUGUUAUUGAAAAGAUUGUCAUCACAAAUGCAUUCCCGAUCCCCGAGCACAAGUUGGCGCAGGCGACUGGUGACAAGUUGGUGAUUAUCAAUGUCGAUAAUCUCCUGGCUGAGGCAGUGAGGAGGAAUCAUCACGGAGAGAGCAUGUCCCAACUCUUCUUGCAUUACGACUAA